GGGUUGUACAUGCCCUCGGGCGGUUCCUGAGGGCUCGCGCUCGCUGCAUCUGACCGCGCCGGCGGGCGCACGUGGCAACGUCCGCCGGCCGACGAGCUUUAGAAUCCACGCGUCUCCUCCCCUCGCAACUCGCGACAUUCGCCGAUUCGAAUCCCACCCACGACCCCCGUCCCGUCCCGUCCCGUCCGCCGCUGCCACCACCACCCCACCCCAGAAACCUGACCUCCGCGCCCCCGCGCGUCAUUGAGACUCCUGCGCGCCGCCGAAUAUUAUUAUUCUCAUCCCGCCGCGGCCGCAGGCAGGGCCAGUUCCGUCCGACGCGUCGCAACAACCCCCAGGGCUCAAUUGACGCGCGGGGGCGUUUCGGUCAUCCAGUCAUCCCCCUCCCCUGCCAAAGGCGAAGAGCAGAAGCAGAAGCAGCAGCAGCAGGCGAAGAGGCAGUGGUAGACAUGCCAAGGUCAUCAGCCGGGGCGUCAUGCACAGCAGUUGACCAUUCUGAGCAGAGCAGAAAGGAUGAUGAAUAUGAGAGGCUGGUUACAAGAGCUCAACAUGCAACAUCUGAUGUUGGCACGACAAUUUUAUCUGAGCAACCAAAGUCAAGAUCUUUCAUUUGGUGGAUGAAAGUUCUGCUUGGCUGCUUCCUUCUUAUAUUAGUGGGCUAUGUCUUCGUGAAAUGGGGGGUCCCCUUUGUCUUUGAGAAGGUUCUCUUGCCAAUCAUGCAAUGGGAAGCCAGUGCUUUUGGGCGUCCAGUAUUAGCUAUUGUUCUCGUUGCAUCUUUGGCUCUCUUUCCAGUUAUUCUAGUUCCUUCUGGACCUUCUAUGUGGUUAGCAGGAAUGAUCUUUGGAUAUGGUUGGGGUUUCUUGAUUAUAAUGGCCGGGAGUACUAUUGGCAUGGUGGUUCCAUAUUGGAUUGGUUCAUUGUUCCGUGAACGUCUGCAUGUAUGGCUGACAAAGUGGCCUCAGCAGAUAGCACUAAUAAAACUCGCGGGUGAAGGAAAUUGGUUCCAGCAGUUUCGGGUUGUCGCGCUUUUCAGAAUCUCACCAUUCCCAUAUACAAUUUUUAAUUAUGCCGUGACUGUGACAGAAAUUAAGUUCAACCCUUAUCUAUGUGGUUCUGUUGCUGGAAUGGUACCUGAGGCCUUCAUUUAUAUCUACAGUGGGCGUUUAAUACGUACAUUGGCUGACAUGAAGUACGGCAACUAUAAAAUGACACCAGUGGAAAUAGCAUACAACGCCAUUUCCUUCGUCAUCGCUAUCGCCCUCACGGUCGCCUUCACGGUGUACGCGAAGAGAGCUCUGGGUGACAUAAAAAGUCCGGACGAUGGCAUCGGUAAAGACGAAGAAGAUCACGGCCCAAAUGGCUCAGGGGUGCGUAUGAAUCGUCGUCAGGAGCGUGCCGACGCACGUUACAUAGAACUAGAUGAUAUGUGAUGGUGUGUUGGCCCGGAUCUUGCUUGGAAGGAGGCACCAGUAGGUCAUUAGGUGCACGGCUACGGUAGGUAGCUAGCUAUAGUUUACAAGAGGAGGCUAAAAUAAUCCACACCCAGCUGACGUGGUUUGCGUGAUUCGUUUCGUGUGCUUUGCCUACUGCACUGCCAUACUGUCUGAAUCUGAAGGUGCAGGGCUACUCACUACUGAGUUACUGACCGAGCGAUGCUGCUCUCAACGAUGUUUCUGUGACCAUCAGCGUAUCAAUCAGUCCUUGAUCUGAAGCCUACACUGGAGCUUCAUGUUGAAGCAUACAUUGGACUUGAGUAGUACAUUUGUAUAUAACGUAACUGCUAAUAGAGUUAGCAUAUGAUCUAGUUUUGAACAUGAAGCUCGUGGGCUGUUCAGCCAUGUUCGGUCCCAUCCUGUCUCUGUCUCAAAUUAUAUGUUAUUAUGGGUUUUGUUUUUUCUGUA